AUGAGAAACAAGCCAUACAUCAUCCUGGCAGUGUGCUUUGGAGGAGGAAUUGGGAUGUUCACCUGCUUUUCAGUUCUGCUAGAACAGAUCCUUUGUGAAAACGGGUAUUCAAAUGAAUUUGCUGGCCUGAAUGGUGCGCUGUUCACAGUGUGUGGUUUGUUGGGUGCUUUCCUGCUAGGCCUGUAUGUCGAUCGGACAAGGAAGUUCAUAGAGUCCACCAAGAUUUGUUUCUGUUUGAGUGCACUUGCCAGCAUCGUGUUCGCAGUGACUUCCCGGUUCAGAAACGAGGCCGUCACGCUGGCCAUCACCAGCUCACUCUUUGGUUUUUUUGGUUUUGCCAUCUAUCCUAUUGCCAUGGAGCUGGCUGUGGAGUGUUCUUACCCUGUGGGAGAGGGUACAUCUACAGGCUUGAUUUUUGUUGCAAGCCAAAUUGAAGGUGUGAUUUUAAUGAUUCUGCUACAAGGUCUCACCAUCCGUGUUUCUGAGGAUCCAUCCUCCACCUGCGCCCUUGAUCAGGAUGGAGCCCUGGACUGGACAACUCCAGUUCUGGUGCUGGCUGGCCUCUGCAGUGCUAUGGCUUGUUUCUACGUCAUCUUCUUCCACACUGACUACAAGCGGCUCCGUGCUGAGACAAACAGUGGUGAUUUGUCUAAGGCAGAAGAUACAGCAACAGCAGAUGUUCCUGAAGCCUAGCCAGGCCAAAAAGGGGAUGCCAGGGGUCCAGUAAGGGAAGGACUCAGGUCUCUGGGCAGAGACCAUGACUGCAAAUGCUCAGCUGGCACACUGGCAUAUCAGGGUCCUGUUGCAUAAUAGGCAAGGGCUAGGGCAGAGUCACUGGAGCACCUUUGCUGUGCUUCCCUCAAUGUUGUAUUUAUUUUUGAGUCUGGGCUGUAAGAAAGGCUGUUCUGACAGAAAGGUCAAAGUGGACAACUGUGCAGGUAACAGGAUUUUUUAGCUGACGUGAGUGAAGGUAAAAAACGUUGCAGAGGAGAGGAACAUUAUAUUUCAGCCAUUUUGUUCACUUUCAUGUACUUGGAUUAUGGGGGUGGGGGGAAGCUUUCAGAUGGGUGGAAGCCAUACCUAUCACAAACCUAGUGGAAAACAGCACAGCAACUCUUCUGCUUUAAGGAUGGAGCUAAUUAUGCCUGUGAGAAACUAUGGACUAGGAUAUUGUUUAUUAAGAUUUAUGUUAAGCUCAAUGUAAAGGUUAGGCAACAAAGAUGUGAAAUCGCUUAUGCAGACAGAAACUCGGACACUGCUUGAGUAAGAUAAGAUAACCACAAUCGCGAGAUAACCGCCAGACUCCCAGGAACCGACAGAAACAGGACAAACAACCCCAGAUAAGGACAUGUGAAUGAGGGGUCAACUAUGGGAUAAAGGAGAAAGACUUCUUAUUUCGGCCUCAACGACCACCAGGAGGUAGAAAACGACCCCCUAACAACAACUGAAGCACGCGCAGAGUACCUCCACUACUUCAUGAACACGGAAGUAAAGAUGUAUAAAAAGGGACUGUUUGAACUGCUCAGCACGGCAGUGGCGGAGCGCAGACUCCCCUGUCGUCCAGCGCUGUUUUUGCUCAUAUUCUACUUGCUAUAAUUAAUAAAAUUUUAAUUGGAUUAUGAUCCGUUGUGGUCACAAUUUAUGACAAUUUCUGGUGCCGUGACUCGGAUAAGGAACGGUGGGCUUUGGUCCUCCGGGGAGGCGCCCCGCGACAUUUCGCGGCCCCGCGACCAACAGCUCACUCCAACCUUACCGACGAACCUAAAUUCUAGGAUAUUGAGCAAAAAAA